AUGGGGACGGUGCUGUCCCUCUCUCCGGGCCUGCGGAAAACCAGCCUUUACGACGACGGCUCCUCCAGCUCCUUGGCGCACUACCCUGGCCUGGCGGGCGCCAAGGGCAGCGGCAGCGGCGGGCAGAAGGCCGAGAAGGGGCUCAAGAGAAACUCCAUGUUCAUCCCGGCCUUGACCUGGAAGCGGCUAGUGGCCUCGACCAAGAAAAAGGGGUCGCGGGCCGGCGGCGGCGGCAGCAAGGGCCCCUCGAAGAACAACGGCAACUACGGCCACGCCAAGGACGUGGCCCAGCUGAACCACGAGAACGUCAAGAAGUCCCUCUCCUGCGCCAACCUCGCCAGCUUCGACGGGGCCGAGCCGCCGCUGGCCCCCCUCAGCUCCAAGCGCUCCUCCGGCACACUCAAGCCCGGCGUGGUCGGCGGAGGCACCUCGUCGUCCCCCCGGCGGGUGAUUGUCCAGGCGUCCACCAGCGAGCUGCUGAAGUGCCUGGGCGAGUUCCUGUGCCGCCGCUGCUUCCGCCUGAAGCACCUGUCUCCCACCGAGCCCAUCCUGUGGCUCCGCAGCGUGGACCGCUCCCUGCUGCUGCAGGGCUGGCAAGACCAGGCCUUUGUCACUCCGGCCAACGUGGUCUUCGUCUACCUGCUGUGCCGCGAGAUGAUCGACGGGGACACGGUGGGCAGUGAGCAUGAGCUGCAGGCUGCCCUGCUCACCUGCCUCUACCUGUCCUACUCCUACAUGGGCAACGAGAUCUCCUACCCGCUGAAGCCCUUCCUGGUGGAAGCCUCCAAAGACGUCUUCUGGAACCGCUGCUUGCGCAUCAUCAACGCCAUGAGCGCCAAGAUGCUUCGGAUCAACGCCGACCCGCACUACUUCACCCAGGUCUUCGCCGACCUCAAGAACGAGGGCAGCGCCAAGAGAGAAGACUUUGCCCGCAUCCUGGACCGGUGA